UAUUAUUAUUCAAACAUAUAAAAUCCAGGAAAUUUAGGUUAUGGGUCCUAAGGAUGGACCCGGUACAUAAAAAGUUAACGAUCCCAACAAUCCAAAGCUAACAAACACCAGAUUUCAGAUUUCAUCUUCACCGUCACUGUUCAACUUGGCGCUGCGGACCUAUAGGACAAGUUCCGCCUCUUCCCUUGGCUCGUCGCCGUUGAUCGGCUUAUUCUCAAAUCAGUCACUCAUCCAGAUUAUAAUGAUGUUCAUGACGAUUUUUUAAUCAGUUUUGAAGAGAAUGGUGCUGGUUUUAGCAAUAGGAGACCUUCACAUACCUCACAGGGCUGCGGAUCUCCCUCCGAAGUUCAAGUCCAUGCUUGUUCCUGGCAAGAUUCAGCACAUCAUUUGCACUGGCAAUCUCUGCAUUAAAGAAGUGCAUGAUUAUUUGAAAAGUCUUUGCCCUGAUUUGCAUAUUACUCAUGGUGAAUAUGAUGAAGAUUCUCGUUAUCCAGAGACUAAAACCCUCUCCAUUGGCCAAUUUAAGCUUGGAAUAUGCCAUGGUCACCAGGUCAUUCCAUGGGGUGACUUGGAUUCACUGGCAAUGUUACAGAGGCAGCUGGAUGUUGAUAUCCUAGUAACUGGUCACACCCAUCAGUUCAAAGCCUACAAGCAUGAGGGUGGUGUGGUUAUAAAUCCCGGCUCAGCCACUGGUGCCUACAGUAGUUUCACUUACGAUGUAAACCCAAGCUUUGUGCUGAUGGACAUUGACGGGUUGCGUGUUGUGGUUUAUGUUUACGAACUAAUAGAUGGGGAAGUAAAGGUUGACAAAAUUGAUUUCAAGAAGACAGCCACUACUCGUUCAUCAAAUUGACCCAUGUUCUAAUUAAUUAGUGAUUACUUUGACUUGUGGUAGUUCCUUAAAAUUUGUUUUGUCGUGGGGCCUUUUGCUGUAGAGGUAGAAGCCUUGUUAUCGAGUUGCUAAAUCUAAGCAGAAUACAUAUUGAGAUGAAUAAAUGUGUUUUUUAUGAAA